CAGCUCAGUAAAGCUUCAUCUCUAAUAGGAUGAGCGCUGCUCGUGUGUGUGGAGCUGAAUGAGCGCGCAUUGUUCCUUUGGUUGUUUCUCCUCUAUCCGCGCGGAUCGAUCGAUCAGUGAUCGGAUGUGAUCGGGAUUUUUCUGAUGGAUAUAUCGAUGUGAAGAAGGUGUCAAACACAGCGGCUGAAGUUCAGAAGAGAUCUUGCGGGACAGUAAAGAUGCGAGCGCAGGCCCUGCUGCUGUACCUGACGCUGCUGCAGACGGCUGGAGCCGCUUUCCCAGAAGACACCGAGCCCAUCAGCAUUGCACAUGGAAACUACACUAAACAGUACCCAGUGUUCAUCGGACACAAACCAGGCAGGAAUAACACACAGCGGCACAAACUGGACAUCCAGCUGAUCGUCAUCAUGAACCGGACGCUGUAUGUGGCUGCGAGGGAUCACAUUUACACGCUGGACAUGGAGACGUCCAGCACAGAGGAGAUCUUCUUCAGUAAGAAGCUGACCUGGAAGUCCAGACAGGCGGAUGUGGACACCUGCAGAAUGAAGGGCAAACACAAGGAUGAGUGUCAUAACUUCAUCAAGGUGCUCCUGCAGCAGAGCGAGGACUCUCUGUUUGUGUGUGGAACCAACGCCUUCAACCCGUCCUGCCGAACCUACAGGAUGGACAGUCUGGACGCGCUGAGUGAGGAGAUCAGUGGGAUGGCCCGCUGCCCGUACGACGCCAAACACGCCAACGUGGCCCUGUUCGCCGAUGGGAAGUUAUAUUCAGCCACGGUCACAGAUUUCCUGGCCAUCGACGCAGUGAUCUACCGCAGUUUAGGAGACAGUCCCACACUCAGAACCGUCAAACACGACUCCAAAUGGCUAAAGGAGCCGUAUUUCGUCCAGGCGGUGGAUUACGGGGACUUCAUCUACUUCUUCUUUCGGGAAAUCGCCAUGGAGUACAACAGCAUGGGGAAGGUGGUGUUUCCGCGUGUGGCGCGCGUGUGUAAGAGUGACCGCGGCGGCUCUCAGCGUGUGCUGGAGAAACAGUGGACAUCUUUCCUGAAGACGCGCCUGAACUGCUCCAUUCCUGGAGACUCACACUUCUACUUCAACAUCCUGCAGGCCGUGACCGACGUCAUACACAUCAGCGGGCGAGACGUGGUCAUGGCCACCUUCUCCACACCCUACAACAGUAUCCCGGGAUCAGCUGUGUGUGCGUAUGACAUGUCAGAGAUCGCUCUGGCCUUCACCGGACGCUUCAAAGAGCAGAAAUCACCUGACUCCACCUGGACACCUGUGCCGGAGGAGAAGGUGCCCAAACCCAGGCCGGGUGUGUGUGCCGGCUCGUCCUCUGUGGAGAAGUUUAAGGUGUCGAGUGAGUUUCCGGACGAGACUCUGAGCUUCAUCAAAGCCCACCCGCUGAUGGAGGAAGCCGUGCCCGCCAUCGCCAACCGGCCCUGGUUCCUCAAGACCAUGGUGAGGUACCGGCUCACUCGUAUCGCGGUGGAUAACGCCGCUGGGCCACACAGUAACCAUACGGUGGUGUUUCUGGGCUCGGAGCGAGGAAUCGUCCUGAAGUUUCUGGCUAAGAUCCGCAGCGGCGCCCUGAACGACAGCCUGUUCCUGGAGGAGCUGAACGUCUACAAUGCAGAGAAGUGCAGUAUUGACGGUGUGGAGGAUAAGCGCAUCAUCAGUAUGCAGAUCGACAGCCGCAGCCGCUCUCUGUUCGUGGCCUUCAGCUCCUGUGUGGUUCGAGUCCCGCUCGCGCGCUGCCAGCGCCAUGGAAAGUGCAAGAAGUCCUGUAUCGCCUCCAGAGACCCGUACUGCGGCUGGGUGUCCGAGGGCGCCUGCAGAGAAAUCACAUCUGACGCAAAAUGGCCGUUCGAGCAGGACGUGGAGCAGGGAAACACAGAUGGACUGGGCGACUGCCAAAAUUCGUUCGUGGCUCUGAACGGCCGUGUCUCCUCCUCCUCAGUGUCUCCAGCAGUGGUCAGUGUUCCUCUGGGUCGGGGUCGAGUGCUGAAGGAUCACCAGGAGCCGCUGGUGUCCGGGUCCUCAGAGACGCAGCAGGAGAGCGCGGGAGUGAUCCGCGAGACGUUCCACCGGGACCGGGAUCAGAUGGUUCCUGUGACGCUGCUGGCCAUCGCUGUGAUCUUGGCCUUCAGCAUGGGCGCCAUCUUCAGCGGGAUCCUGGUGUACUGUGUGUGUGACCACCACCGCCGCCGGGACUUCCCCAUGUCAGGACGCAAAGAGAAGGACUGUGUGCCGUCCCGCCGCGGCUCCAUGAACAGCGUGACCAAGCUGACGGGGCUGUUCGAGACGCAGUCUAAAGACGGGCAUGCGGAGCAGAUGCUGACCCCGCUGAUGAACGGCCGGCUGGCCAACGGGCGGAUGCUGAUUAAAGCGGAGCAGCACUUGGACCUGUCCGCCCUGCCCACACCCGAGUCCACACCGCUGCAGCCACGCCGCAAGCCUAGCAGGGGGAGCCGUGAGUGGGAGCGCAACCAGAACCUGAUCAAUGCCUGCACCAAAGAGCUGUCAUCAAUGGGAUCGCCGGUGAUCCCAACAGAGCUGCCGCUGCGGGCAUCCCCAGGCCACAUCUCCAGCGUGGUGGUGCUGCCACUGCCCCCACACCAGCCGUACCAGCACGAGUACGUAGAGCACCCGCAGCAGCGUCCCGAGGAUCCAGCGGCCACGCUGGAGUUCCACACGCUACGGAGCCCGUGCCGUGGUGCGGAGGAGGAGGCAGUGCCGCCGAGGGUGCCCCAGCGGGAGGCGUCACUGGUGCCGCCUGCUGUCCCACAGAUGGGCAAACGGCUAGAUAUGCACUCCUCCAUGUACGCCCGCGGGUUCCCCAUGAGCUCCGGCCUGAAGAAGCAGCACAACACCAACUCCUCCAACUCCUCACACAUGUCCAGGAACCACAGCUUCCGUGUGGAGACGCCUCCGCCUGCCCCGCAGCGCGUGGACUCCAUGCAGGUCUCCUCUCCGGGGCUCAGCCUCGGCCUCUCCCACCACCCCAGCCUCAGCUCUUUCGGCUCUCUGCCCCGCUGCGGAUCCCGGCAGAUGAAGCCCGACGUGCCGCCCAAACCCUCGGCCGUGUCCUACUGCAGCAAAGCCACAUCCGGAGACUCCUGCACAUAAUCCACAGCGGGAGAACACACGGGGAACAGCUCAGUGUGUCUGCGGUGUACAGCCCUGUACAGGAAACGCAGAUCACCUUUCCUUUCUGUUUGUUUUGGUUUUGUAUAUUUUUUAAUACGUACACAUCGGGCUGACGAGUCCCCGAGCGCAAACACACCGAGAGGAGGAACUCUUGAAGAUUUACUCAGCGCUUCGUCCUGAUUAAAGCAGGGCUGAGGUUCGUUUUCUGCCAAAAGCACAUGGAGACGGGUGGAGAUGUACGUCACGAGGAGCCCGUCAUUAUCCAGCUCUCGGACAGUAAACUGUGAAGAUCUGCCCGUCUCUGCGCUGCUGUUCCUGGACAAAGCAAUGGAGUUCUGCCUUGGUGCAAGAGUUCAACACGUCUACUGAAGCGGUCGGCUAAAUAACACGUGACUGUUAAUACUAAUAGCAGGUUGUAUUUAUUUUUAAUAAAGUGCUUUUGCAGAGAGAGCGUCUCUUGUAGGCUCAAGCGAGGCGGGAGCGAUGGGUUUAAUUUGAAUUAAUCGAGUGUGAAAUUAUUUAAAGUCAUUAAACUGGAGCCAGCACUUCUGUCCACUAACUCUUUGGACGUUGCUAAGCAAACUCUGAGGUGUCGGGAAGCCGUGCCAGAGAGGAUCGUGGGUAAAUCAGACACACAGGAGCGGUCCGUCUGCGCUAGUCUGUCCGCAGAGUGCCAUUCUGAAGGAACACACAGACGACAUGCGUGUGUGUGUGUGUGCAGACGCUGGCUUUAUGCUUUCAGAUGUAUGGGUUCCUCUAACACACACACACACACACACACACACAUGUUAGUUUUGGGGGUUUAUGAUGACUCUGCAUAGAUCUAAUGUAUUUUAUACUGUAAAACAGUUUAUUAAUAUACAGCCCUGCCCCGUAACCCUCACAGCAAACCUGAGAAAUUCUCAUCUAUUUUUAAGCAUUUUAAUUACAAGGACACACGGCAUGUCCUCAUAAACCACCAUCAAUCAGGCGUACCCAUGUCGUUAUACACGUGUGACCUUGUAAACCACCAAAACCAACACACACACACACACACACACACACACACACACACACACACGUGCACAGGCCCAUGGUUGAAUCCUGUCCAGCAAGCCUGUUUUCCUCCUUCCACCUGUAAAUUUGUGCCUUACACCCCUGAGUAGUGACGCGUGUGUUAGCUGUUAACUGUCGUAGUUCUGAUGAUGAUGAUGAUGAUGAUGAUGAUGUUUGUUUCUCUCGUUUGAUUAAAAAAACACACAAAACACAAAAAAACAUGUAAUUGCUGAAUGUAGGUGUUGUCGUUGUCGACUCUGGUCCCUCUGCUAACCACACACGACUCGUGCUUGAGUUCUGAUCGUGCCAAUGAAGCGUUGGAGUCGGAGGAGUGUCGUCUGGUUUCCUUUGUCCUUUUGUACUCCUCUAAAGUCCAGAUGAGGUGUGUACACUGUUUGUAGAUGACGUGGAUCCGGCUGCUCAGAGGCAAUAAGAGAAAAACACAGGAGUGAAUCCGAGACGACGCUUCUCCCGAACACACACACACACACACACACACCAGCUCUAAUGUAUAUGAUCAAACACAGUUUGUAGGCAGUGAAUACAGGCUGGCUCCUGUGUAGAUAUGCACUUCAGUAACAUUAGGAAAGGGAUUAAUGUUUUCAAUGUUUGUGACAGAUUCCCAUUAAUAUAAUUUUCUAGCUCUAUGGUCGUGACGUGAUACGAGCGAUUGUUAUUUAACUAUUUUGACACACGUUCUCUUGAAGUUGACGUUUGUAGAUGUUGGCCUGACCGGCUCCGCCUCCUCCUGUUGUGGGCGGGGUCUCCUGUGUGGUGCCUUCGCUCCGUCGCCCUCCAGACUCCAGUACUCCUGUAUGAUACGGUUUUGUCACGGGUCUCUCCCACGUCUGAUUCACAGCUAAAUGUAUGUUGUAAAGAAAUUCUCUUUAAUAAAUGGAAAAGUAAUAAAGCAUUGAGAUGGUGUUCACA